GAGCGCGCGGCUCGUCGCCGCCGCCGGGCUGCCAGGCACGGCUCGGCUGGGCUCGGCGCGCCUCGGCUCGACUCGGCUCCGCUCGGCACGGCCCGGCAGCGCCUGCCGAGCCCCCCGCCCGCUUCCCGCCAUGGACGGGGGCGCCUUCGGAGCGGGGAAAGCCGGCGGCGCCUUCGACCCGCAAGCCUUCAUCCGGCAGCCGCAGACCCUCCUGCGGCUCCUCUCCUGGGUGUUCUCCAUCGUGGUGUUUGGCUCCAUUGUCAAUGAAGGGUACGUGAACCGCGCGGACGAGACACAAGAGCACUGCAUUUUCAACCGCAAUCGCAAUGCCUGCAACUAUGGCAUUACAGUGGGUGUCCUCGCCUUCCUCAGCUGCCUUCUUUACCUGGCUCUGGAUGCCUACUUCCCGCAGAUCAGCAGCGUCAAGGACCGCAAGAAGGCAGUGCUCUCGGACAUCGGAGUCUCGGCUUUUUGGGCAUUCCUCUGGUUCGUUGGCUUCUGCUUUCUGACCAACCAGUGGCAAGCAUCAAAGAAAGAAGACAACCCAAUGAAUGAGGGAGGGGAUGCAGCCCGAGCAGCCAUCACAUUCUCGUUCUUCUCCAUCUUCACCUGGGUGGGCCAGGCAUUCCUAGCGUAUCAGCGUUUCCGGCUGGGUGCCGAUUCGGCCCUCUUCUCCCAGGACUACAUGGACCCAAGCCAGGACUCCGGCAUGCCUUAUGCUCCCUACACGAACGAGGAGGAUGCUACAGAUGCGGUGGGGACAUACCAGCAGCCCCCUCCAGCAGAUGCUUUCGACACCGAGACACAGGGGUACCAGACGCAGAACUACUGAGCCACCGAUGCCCCUUUCCCUUCCUCUUUCCCUUCUGCCCCCUUUCCCGCUGCUGGCAGAAAGCCGAGGCACAAACCAGACACGUGCAUAGUGGCACAAGAGGUGGCUCUCAGCUAUGCUCCAGCCUUCUGGGUCAUCUGUUUUUAUUUAUUGUUUUUAAAAAAGGAAGAAAAAAAAAAGAAAAAAGGUUUCCCCAUCACCUCUUCCUUUUCCUCCCGGCCAAAACUACCUGCCAGAACCAAAUUCUUCCAAAAUCUGCCACCACAUUGUUAUAGGAAGGUCCCCCCCCUUCCCUCCUCUCCCACCUGCCUCGUUGUGGAGGGAAGGGUCUGGCUGUGGGCAGGAGAGGGGCUACAGCAGCAGCAGAACAAGGGAGGGGACGUUGGAAGCAGAAGAGUAGUGAGAGGGACCUUCCUAGAAGAGAUGAUGUUGCUAAAGGCUGGAGUAGAUGCGGGAGCAUCCAAAUUGGGCUGCAGGGCUUGGUGGCUCGGGAGAGAGAUGGUGUUGGAAUCAGAGUGCAGGAAUGUGAGGGUGAGGGGGAAUGGAAAUGGCACCCCCCAAUGCAAAGAUAGAGGGGCAUUUCUCUGACACAUGCUAGUGAAGGAGGGGUGCUUUGUUUUGAGAAGUUUUGGGGAGAAGUGGUAUGGGGGGGUAUACAAAGAGAUAAAAUGGGAAGGAAGGAAAAAGAUUUGCAGGUACAAUCAGAAACCACAUGCAUGUCUGUAGGUUACAGCAAGAGACUCAGCAGAGCAGAGGGGCAGUGCCAUGAGAGUCACUCCUUUCCCAGCUCCCUUGAACUGAGGUGGAGGUGAUUCCCCUCACCUCUAUGUCCUGCUCACAGCUCUUCUCAGACCAGUGUUUGGGGAGGCAGGAGGGGAGUCAUGACCAGUCCCUGGCCACCAGACACAGUGCCUGUGGGAGGAAGGAUAGAGGAGUUUGGCUUCUAAGGGGCGCUGAGAGUCCUUGUCCCGAACUGGGCUGGUUUGAGGAGGAGAGGAGAGCUUUGACAUUUCACUCUGGGCAGGACAAGUAGAAGAAAGCCAGUUUCUCUCUUCACAUCCUGCUGUACCCUCCUCCAUUCCUCUGCUACCACAGUGCAAAGCCUCUUGCUGACACCAUCUUUAUAGCACACAGGAAUGGAGCAGGAUUCCCGCUGGGAAGCAGUACUGCUGCUGGCAUGUCUGGCUCUUGCACAAGGGGUGCAACCAGGCAGGGAAGAGUUCUGCCCCACACGGCUGUGCUCUGCCUCCCACUCAGGUGAGGAGGAGAUCUUGGUCUGCAGAGGUUUGGCUGGGGACGGAGUCAGCUCUCUGAAAACUGGUCGUCUUAAACUUGCCGUAGUCUUAAUGCGUCUUCUGCAGCAUCUCAGCUCCUGGCUGUCUUUAAAGCCUCGCCUAGGUGGCAGUAGUGACUCUCAGAUAGAGCACAUCAGUACACACUCCUCAUGAUUUUGCUUCAGGUAAGAAGACACAGUUGUGGAAGCACACUCUUUAUUCCAAAACAGAAGUAAGCUCUAUGUGUGAAGCUGGUCCCUAAAAGGAAGUAAUUCAGCAAUAGUCACCUGGACAAUUCACCCCAGCCCAGACAUCUCUCAGAGCACAAGCAGCAAGGUAUGCCUUGAAGCAGUGAGGAUCAUCAUCCUCCACGUAGCUACCCUGCACCAUGCAACACUGGCCCCAGUAGCAGAGGUUAGGAGCAGAUCUAAAACCCAUACGUUCUCCCUGUGAGCAUCCAGCCUAUUCCCUGUAGCACCCUUAGGGGCUGGGAGGAUGGGACACAGGUCUGGCCUGUGGCUGUGUGAACAUCUCACAUCUUACCAGGCUUUCUCUUUUUCCCAGCGUGAUUCCUCUCCAGCUGCCCCACAGUCAUAGGGAAGGGGUAGAAACUGUAGAGCUGCAGGCCCCAAGAGGGAAAGGGUUCUCUGCUGUAUAUAGGCACUGUUUCUAGCUGCUUCUAACUGCAGACUCGUGCUGCUGGUGGCUGUCCCUAUGGCUUGUCCUCCCUAUGGCUUGCACCCCUUUGCUGGUGGUUAACCAGUGGUGAGGAUAGGAGAGGGGGACCAGCUAACCCUAUGGAUGCACCAGGAGGGACUGGGAACGCAUCCCUUGCUCUGUGGCUGUCAGCGAAAGCAAUACUGUAAAUAGGAUGGUUAUUUUUUUGGAGGGAAGCCCCUUGGGCUUCUUAUUUUGUGGGCUCAGCCUAAUAUUUAGGCUUGGGAGGGGGUUACUUUAUGGAGAGAAGUUUGUUAGGACUGGGGGGGCUCCCUCCAGUCCAUCUCUCCCACCGGGGGAGAGUAAAGAACGAAUGACAAAGGUGGAGGAGGAGAAAAACUAGUUAGACUCACCCAAACUCAUCUGUGUAAUCCUUCAUGUUUUCAUUUGGGGGGAGGGAGGGGGGGGAACCAAGAGGAGGAGGCAGCUAUAAAUACCCAGGCCUCAGCACAAAUAUAUGCUGUACUUUUGGGGAGGAACUGCUCAUUGCCUGUCCCCAGUCCUUGGUGAGGGCGUGAGGGACCUGGUGCAUGAGGAGACAUACAGACCAUACAUGGGGAAUCUAGCUGGGGCUCUGUUUUGGGAUGUAGCACAGGAUCAUUUUACAUGUCCUUUCUCCCAUCAGAGUUAUAUAGAUGGCUAAACACCAUUUGGGUUUGAUGACUAAUGAGCAAGCUUUUCUUUAUCCUCUUUAGCUUGCUUCCCUCAUGUAACCAGCUGAUGGGCUCCAGUGGGCUUGAGGUAGGAAUGAGCCUCCCCCUCAGAGCUGGCACUUCAGUGAGACAUGAACCAGGUGGCUUCAUCCUGGGUAAUUAGCCACUUCUCUGUCCUUUCUUCCUUGCUUUGUGUCGUAGGGAAGGCAUUGGUGUGACAGGGGGCACUACAAUAAUAGAUACUUGGGCAACUUCUUGCUCUGGCUCAUGGAAGAAGACAUACUCUCCUUGGGUUGACAUGCUUUCAGCCUUCGCAUGGUGGUGACAGACCUGGGGGUGGGACUCUUCUUGUUUGCAUGCAGCAAUUUAAAAUGAAAUUUCCUGUGGCAUUUGGCUGGUUCUGCAGCUGAUGGAGAGAUACAGACCUACCCAAAGGGUUGGUUAUCUUAUCUUAGGCGCUUCUGAUAAGGUGCUGCCUAUUUCUAAUGAUCAUAGGCAAGACCUAAGGAGCUGGCUGGAACGUGUCCCUUUUAGAUCUUAAACGUGGGUGAGCUCAGCCCCACUCUAGGGAUUAGCAGAUCAGAGGGAAGGCUGUAUAAGCAAAACAAUAUUGUGGCUUUCUUUCCCCUCUGCCAUUUGUCCAGAUUGCGGAUGAUUACACAUCCCCUGUUGGGAGCAGUGGCCCCCUGAUGUCUUCUUAUCUUAUGAAACCCCCCCAGUAAGGGACUCUUCUGUGAAGGAGAGGCUGUGAAGGGCAAAGGGAUGAUGAAACCCUGCCCCAGUUCUACCUAUGGCUUCAGUCUCCUGACUUAUCCCAUCCCCGACUCACCCACGUCCCCACCACACUGUUCACCUCAUCACGCACCCUUCCCCUCCACAUUAUUCCUGGCAGUUCCCUCAGGGGAGGAGGCAUCUUUGUCCCUGCACCCUCACAAGCACUUGGGAGGACCUGGGAAGGCAGCCUUGUGGGGUGGUUCCCACAGGAGCCUCAGCUCCAGUCCCCAGAGCAGGUACAAGUCAAGGAACCCAGCAAAGCCACCUCAUGAAGCAAGUCCAAACCAUCCAUUCCAGACAAAUCCUUGCUGCCUGCAUGGCAUCCGUAACACCACCUGGGCUGCCCUGGCCCUUCCCCUGCCACAUUACUGCCUGUGUAUAGUAUAUAUAUUAUAUAUAUAUAUAUUUAAAAAGAUGUAUAAUAUAAAGCUAUACAUAUAUACGUAUAUACGAUGACUCAUGGAUGGCCUGCCGCAUACAGGAUCCCCUGAGUGGUCUUGUCUAAGCCCAAGUGUCCCUUCACCCCUCCUCCCCUCCGUCCCUGGACCCUGUCCGUUCCGAAAACCAACUACAGUGAACCCCGCCACCUUGGCACCUGUGUUUACAAUGUCCUAUAUAUUUGUGGUUAACAAAGUGAAGGUGGUAACUACUGGUGUCUCAAUAAAGCUAUAACGUUCAAAAUAACCAAACUA